CUUCAGUUGAAGUAAGUUUCCAUAUUUGGAAGAAAAACGGUUCUCUUCUUUCCAUCUUAUUCACGGUGAAGCCCUAAAUUAAUGAAGCAAUCGUUCGAAGGGUUCAUGCAAACUGCGAUGGAGAAGAAGACACUCGAUUCCGACAAUCUUAUGAAGCCCGUAUUCCUCACCAAAGCUCAGAGAGAAGAAUUAGCCCUAAAACGCCGUCAGGAUGAAAUCGCCGAUCGUGAUCGCUGCCUCGUUCAGAUCUCUCGCUCCAACCCCGCCGAUAAUGGCGAUGGAAACCGUUACAGAGAUCGGAAACGAGAGCGUCAUUCAGGCAGUGACCGUAAACGAGACAGAGAGAGCGAUCGAGAGUUUCGUGAACGUGACGUCAAAGCUAGGGUUGAGAAAUUAGAGAAGCUAAAGCGCGAGAAAGAGAUUAACGCAAUGAAAGAGCAAUACCUAGGAACUACGAAACCUAAGAAGAGAGUCAUCAUGAAGCCGAGCAAGAGUUUCUGUUUCGAUUGGGAGAACACUGAAGAUACUUCAAGUGGAGAUAUGAAUGUUCUCUACCAAAACCCUCAUGAAGCUCAGCUUCUGUUUGGGAGAGGGUUUCGCGCGGGAAUAGACCGCCGUGAGCAGAAAAAACUAGUGGCGACUAAGCACUCUAGAGAGAAACGUGAGGAAGAAGAUAAGCAUUGGAGUGAGAAGAAGUUAGAGGAGAUGAGUGAAAGAGAUUGGCGUAUUUUCAAGGAAGAUUUCGAUAUUUCUUACAAAGGAUCCAAGAUUACUCAUCCGAUGAGGAGUUGGGUAGAGAGUAAGCUUAGUUACGAGCUAUUGAAUGCAGUGAAAAGAGCUGGAUAUGAGAAACCUAAACCUAUUCAAAUGGCAGCUAUACCUUUAGGACUUAAACAGCGUGACGUUAUCGGUAUUUCACAGACGGGUUCUGGCAAAACCGCGGCUUUUGUUUUGCCAAUGUUGGCUUACAUAUCUAGAUUGCCACCAAUGAGGGAAGAGAAUCAGACAGAAGGUCCUUACGCGCUUGUUAUGGCUCCUACAAGAGAGCUUGCACAUCAAAUUGAAGAAGAGACGGUUAAGUUUGCGCGUUAUCUUGGGUUUAAGGCAAUCUCUAUCACUGGUGGGGAGUCAAUUGAGAAACAAGCGUUGAAACUAUCACAAGGAUGUGAGAUUGUGAUUGCUACACCUGGUCGAUUGCUAGAUUGCCUUGAGAGAAGGUACGUGGUGUUGAACCAAUGUAACUAUUUAGUUCUUGAUGAAGCUGACAGGAUGAUUGACAUGGGUUUUGAGCCGCAGGUCGCGGAAGUGUUAGAUGCAAUGCCUUCGAGUUAUUUGAAACCCGAGAAGGAAGAUGAAGAGCUCGAGGAAAAGAAGAUUUACAGAACUACGUACAUGUUCAGUGCCACUAUGCUUCUUAGUGUAGAGCGUCUCGCUAGAAAGUACUUGAGGAAUCCAGUUGUGGUCACAAUUGGAGAAACCACAAAGUUUAUCACUCAACAAGUUGUCAUGACCAAAGAAUCAGACAAGUUCUCAAGGUUAAAGAAACUGAUUGACGAUCUCGGUGAUGAUAAGACAACGAUUGUGUUUGUGAAUACCAGGAACAAGGUUGAUUACAUUGUCAAGAAUCUAGAAAAGUUACCAAGGUGUCGUGUGACGACAUUACACGCAGGGAAGUCACAAGAACAGAGAGAUUAUAGCUUAGAAGAAUUCAAGAAAAAGAGAUUCAACGUUCUUGUUACAACAGAUGUUUUAGGUCGAGGGCUUGAUAUUCUUGAUUUGGCACAAGUCAUCAACUACGAUAUGCCUAACACAAUGGAUCUUUAUACGCAUCGGAUUGGACGAACAGGACGAGCAGGGAAGACAGGUGUUGCGACAACGUUCUUGACUCUUGAGGAUAAAGAUUUGUUUUACGGUCUGAAACAGAAGCUUAUUGAGUGUAACAGUUUGGUGCCACCUGAACUUGCGAGACAUGAAGCCUCUAAGUUUAAACCAGGAACCAUUCCUGAUAGAUUCUCCCAUUUUUAGGGGAUCUGGUGUCACUGUUAGCUAACGAUGACUUGAUUCAAUACUAUGUUGGAAAAUAUACAAUUUUAUUUAUAUAUUGCAAUUGAUGCUUCACAUACGUUUUUUAUUAAAAGAUAAUAGUUAAG